AUGGCCGCCUCCACCCUGUCCGUCUGCUCCAGCGACCUCAGCUACGGCAGCCGCGUCUGCCUGCCCGGUGCCUGCGACUCCUGCACUGACUCCUCCUGGCAGGUGGACGAGUGCCCAGAGAGCUGCUGCGAGCCCUCCUGCUGUGCCCCGGCCCCCAGCCUGACCCUCGUCUGCACCCCAGUGAGCUGCGUGUCCAGCCCCUGCUGCCAGGCGGCCUGUGGGCUCAGCCCCUGCCAAGCAGCCUGCGGCAGCUCCUGCACGCCCUCGUGCUGCCAGCAGUCUAGUUGCCAGCCCUCCUGCUGCGCCUCCUCCCCCUGCCAGCCGGCCUGCUAUGUGCCCGUCUCCUGCACGCCCGUCAGCUGCACGCCCGUCAGCUGCACACCUGUCUGCUGCACGCCCGUCAGCUGCAAGCGCGUCUGUUGCACACCCAUCUGCAGCACCCCCGUCUGCUGCACACCCGUCUGCUCCAAGCCCGUGUGCUGUGCGCCCGUCUGCUCCGGGGCCGCCCCCUGCCCAGCCCCCUCGUGCUGCCAGCCCAGCCCCUGCCCCUCGUCCUGCUGCAGACCCUCCUCCUGCGUGUCCCUCGUCUGCCGCCCUGUCUCUGCGCGUCCCGGCCAGCGCUUGCCGCUC